UGAGGCCCGACGCAGGGCCGGGCGCGCCCAGGGCCGGAGCGCAGCGACCGAGCGGCCCGGAGCGGAGGCGACGCCGGGGCCACGCGCGAGGAGCAGGUGGCGGCGGCUGCAGGCCUUGAAGUUAGAAACCUCCAAGGACGAUUCUCCCGCUCCCUGCUGACCCUGGGCCUCGGAAGCUUUUCCUGAGGCGGCUUGUAAUGACAUGUGAGUGGUGCGAGCUUCAGGAGUCAUGCUGCCGCACGUCACACAUGACGGCGAUUCUCAGUGAAGGACCCUGCACUCGCUCCUGAGCUGUGGCCAUGGGCCUGCUCGCCUUCCUGAAGACCCAGUUCGUCGUGCACCUCCUCAUUGGCUUCGUCUUCGUGGUGAGCGGGCUGGUCAUCAACUCCAUCCAGCUCUGCACGCUGGUCCUCUGGCCCGUCAACAAGCAGCUGUACCGCCGGCUGAACUGCCGCCUCGCCUACUCGCUCUGGAGCCAGCUGGUCAUGCUCCUGGAGUGGUGGUCGUGCACGGAGUGCACCCUGUUCACCGACCAGGCCACGGUGGACAGCUUUGGAAAGGAGCACGCAGUCAUCAUCCUCAACCACAACUUUGAAAUCGACUUCCUCUGUGGGUGGACCAUGUGCGAGCGCUUCGGUGUGCUGGGGAGCUCCAAAGUCCUGGCGAAAAGGGAACUGCUCUACGUGCCCCUCAUUGGCUGGACGUGGUACUUUCUGGAGAUUGUGUUCUGCAAACGGAAGUGGGAGGAAGACCGGGACACCGUCAUCAAAGGCCUGAAGUCCUUGGCCAACUACCCCGAAUACAUGUGGUUCCUCCUGUACUGUGAGGGCACACGCUUCACGGAGAAGAAGCACCGCGUCAGCAUGGAGGUGGCUGCUUCCAAGGGGCUGCCCGUCCUCAAGUACCACCUGCUGCCUCGGACCAAAGGCUUCACCACCGCGGUCCAGUGCCUCCGCGGGACAGUCACAGCUGUGUACGAUGUCACGCUGAAUUUCCGAGGAAACAAGAACCCGUCUCUGCUGGGGAUCCUCUAUGGGAAGAAGUACGAGGCGGACAUGUGUGUCAGGAGAUUUCCUCUGGAAGAGAUUCCACUGGAUGAGAAGGAAGCAGCUCAGUGGCUUCAUAAACUGUACCAGGAGAAGGACGCGCUGCAGGAGGUAUAUAACCAGAAGGGUGUGUUUCCGGGGCAGCAGUUCAAGCCCGCCCGCCGGCCGUGGACGCUCCUCAACUUCCUCUCCUGGGCCACGCUCCUCCUGUCUCCUCUCUUCAGUUUCGUCUUGGGCGUCUUUGCCAGUGGAUCCCCCCUCCUGAUCCUGACGUUCCUGGGGUUUGUCGGGGCAGCUUCCUUUGGAGUCCGCCGACUAAUAGGAGUGACUGAAAUAGAAAAAGGCUCCAGCUAUGGAAACCAAGAAUUUAAGAAAAAGGAAUAAUUAAUGGCUGUGAUUGAACACACAUAACCUGACGGUGGUAUCCAAUUAACUCAAUUAAAAACAACAACACAUCUAGAGCGGGGGAAAAAAGACACUUAGAAACUAUUUUUCUUAUUAACUGGUGACUAAUAUUGACCAAUAAAACUUGAGCCAAGAGUAAAGCGGUCGGCAGACCUGCAGAUGGAGACGCCAGCCUCGCCCCUGCGCAGGAGAGUCGGGCUGGGUGCCUGCUCCGGGGGGCGGCCGCUCCCGCCCCCAGGGAUCCGGGGGCUCACCUGGCCCGAGGGAGGCUUUGGAAACGUUCUCUUCUCGCACUUAGAUCCCGUUUUCGGUUUUUAUCAAUUUUCUUGGGAAUUUCCCCCGGCCCUCGCCUCUUCCCCUGCACCCCCUGCGGCCUCUCCACCCUGCUCCCGCUGAGAACUGUGUGCCUGGGUCCCCAGGCCCCCAGAGCACCUACCGGCCGCUACCAGCCCGCACCCGGCCUCCGGGCGGCGGGGACGUGGCCUGGCGAAAAGCACACUGGGCGGGGCUGCGACGGGACACGCCCCCUCCCCCGGAGCGCCUACCUAAACCUGCCUGCUGACACCUUGAAUCCGUUUUAAAGCGAGUGGAGCCAGCGAAAACGUGGUGAGAUGUCGAAUUCUGCCCAUGCCCGGGGCUUAGCUCCGGUCCCCCUUGCUCCCGGCGGACAGCGGCCUUUCAUCCCACCCGGGGCAGGGCCGCAGGGGGCCGGCCCCCCACCCCCCGCAGGGCCGGUGUGCCAGGGGCGCUAUGCAGGGCUGGCAGAUACUUUGAAAAGGCGGUGCAACAUCACCCUGUCUUCUAAAGGUGGUUGGAGACUGUUCACUCGGAGCUUUUUAGAGGUUUUGUUUUCACAGUUGACCUGAUGGAAACCAGAGGUGGGGAGCCUUCCCCACUCCGUCACCUCCCUUCCAAGCAGGUGCGUGUGUCCUGGAGGAUGCUGGCCUUUGGGGGAGGCAGGGGAGUCCCUAGUGUCCAGGCAGCAUCCUCUCCAGCCAGCAGCCAAAGGGAGGUGUUUCGUGCACUCUCGGGCCUCUUGGCCUGGCGGGGCUGGAAGCCUUGGGGUUGCCCAGCAGGGUGGGCGUGGGCCGCCCCUUCAGCUCCGCCACCCGCCUGCAUCCGACUUUCUUUUUAAACUUUCAACUUGCUUUUUUAAAGUCACACUCCCCUCAUCUUUUUUAGCAAGGGAAAGAAAAAAAUGGGUGUUAUCUCUGCUGUCCUGUAACCAGCAUUCAGAAUAGAGGCAGGUUGAAUUUUCUAGGGGGGAAAAAAAAACAAAAGAAGAAUGGGCAAAAUUAUAAACCAAACUGGAAAAAAUAAUUAUGCAUUGGCCCGAAGUCUGAAUUCUGGGGAGACCUGUGGAAACAGCAGAUUGCCUUUACAGUGAUACAAUUGAAUUCUGGGUCGGUGACCUUGGUGAUGGCACCAAGGUCGCAGGGAUGUGACCCGCAGUUCUGUGCUCCCUCACAGUGCUCUGAAGGCACACACGUCCUCUCAAGACUGGGCAUUGAGACAGUGUGGAAGGCAGCUACCCUCUGCCACAAAGCUUGCCUCCCGCUUCCCUUCGGGCGUGGAGCCUGACACGCAGUAAAGCCACUUCCACUUGGGUGAGCGGCUCCCUUAGAUCUUGUUUUUCUUCACACAACAUGCUGCUCACCUGUGUGUGUGUGUGUGUGUGUGUGUGUGUGUGUGUGUGAUU